ACGCCGUUUCACUAUACGGCAUUCAGUGUUGAGCCGGCUUGGGUCACCGAUCGGUGACUGAAGUGAGUCACAGGCAACGAUACAAGCGUAAACGGAUGUGUAGCGAUUCUCCGUCGUAAACGCCUCGUGGGCGUUCGCGGAUCGUGUCAUUCGGUUAACCAACGCAAAACCUGUCGCGCGUCAGACUGUGCCGAAUCGUGGACGGGCGUUAUAGUGUGACAGUGUUGUGACAACGACAUUUCGCGCGUGUUGAAGCCGGUUGGCGCAUGUUGCUCUCCUCGAGGUUCGAUCUGCCGAAAGACAGCUGGAAGAGACUCCUUCGAGAGGGAUGCUUUGAAACGCAGCCACCGUCGUGUCGUUCAAGGGUGAAAGGCCAUCCGAGCACAUCAAGGCAUGCCGAAGUAUUGGCUGAACGUGGCCCUCCUCAGGGUCAUCCUUCCGGUUGUCCUGGCAGGAUGCACAAUAUGGCGACCAGUCGGAUUGUCCCUCGUUUACUUGGGUCUGAUGCUGUACUCGCCCCACGUGCCUAUACCGGAUACGAAGACAAUGACUGGUCACACGGGCCUCUAUCUCAAGAUCUGCAUCGGCCUAUCGUUCCUCACAGCCAUCAGCCAAUUCACCUUUCAUCUAGUUUUACUGGCGCUGCCCACUUACGGCCACUUCCUAAAGAAUUGCGAACUGCUAGAAGUGAUCUUCAGACACAUAGGUUUUGUAAGGCUAGAUAGCGCGUCAGUCUGGGAGAUCUUUUUCUGGCUAACACCAGAGUUAAUUGUUUUACCAGUUACCGUCACCGUGUACUUCAUAUGUCGUUCAUUAACUCAAAACCCUUCGACGGAUGUAGAGGAUGACACUUCACUCCAUCAAGGGACCGUCGCGUCCAAGAAGAACGAGGAUAGAACUACAAAGAUAAUCAACAUCCUAGGGCACAUAGGAACCUACGUAGUCCUGGCGUCGUUAUGUAUCACGGCAUCCUUGAAACCAUCCAUGGAAGGUGGUUUCUAUUUCCUAGUUUUUCUGGGAGCCGCUACCUGGUGGGCGUGCAACAAGGAACUCAGGAAGGGCUUCGCCGUGCUUUGCAGGAUCGUAAUGGUCGUCGUGAUUCUUCACAUUCUGACCCUGCUCAGUUAUCAGAAUCAGCUACCACAAGAACUGAUCCCCCUGAACAGCACAUGGCAGCGUUACCUCGCCUUAACUGCGAUUUAUCAGACGAACUGUACUGACCCCAGAGACGUGGAGUACACGCAAGAUGCCGAUUGGUUGAUUUAUGGAUACUGCUUGAGACUAUUUUGGCUCUACUACGUUUUGGCGUUGCAAUCGCAGUUCUUGAGCAAAAAGCCGUUUCCAACGAAGAAUGUUGCUUUUACUAACGAGGCGUUACAGGCGAAGAAAAUGAAACGUUUAAGCGGCAAGCUGGAGAAUCUCGACACUCCGCUGUCCAGACACGUUUCCAUCAGACGAAGGACACCUUCUCAAAGAUGGCAAUCGGCGCGACGAAAGGCUCGCAAGCCGAUCGUUAAUCCAUCGUUUCCACCUGUCGACGAGCGCACACCCUUGAUGAGGUUUGGAUCCGGGCGUACGGGACUCCUCCAGGAUUCCACCGGAAGCGUCAUCGUUCAGGAUGGCCAUCAGGACGACAGCAUUCAAAUGCAAAGUCUGAGCGAAGGUGCUCCGGAUGAGCACUCCGGAAUCAUCGAACACAUCAUCAUGGCUGUAUACUCGAUCUUCCAAUUGAUAAUCAAUUCGUCCUAUCUCGCUACAAACAUCAUAAUGAUGACAUGGAGCAUAAUGUAUCACAGCUGGACGACGUUUGCGCUCUUAUUAUGGGCAUUGGUUCUCUGGAUGGUGCCAAACAAACGUGCUUCCAUGAUGAAGUGCUCUCCCUUCAUCGUUUUCUACGCGACCCUCUUGCUCCUCGGCCAGUAUGUUUACAGCAUGGAUCUAACCGACGAAGAGCUACCCACUGAAAUAAACGGAAUGAAAAUGUCGGAGAUCGGUUUCAGCAAACCCGAACAGCUCAGCCGUUGGCAUUUAGUAGUUAAAUGCUUAUUCAUAUCAAUGUUCUGGAUAACAAUGCGGCAAUACACCGCUGAAAGGACUCGACAGAGACGGUCAUCAGCAUUGAGAGACAUGGUAGCCCCGUUGCACGUCUCUGUUUCGACGGCCACUACGGCCAUGAAUCACGAGGCGCCGGAGAUUAAGAGUAAGUUCAUGAAAGACGUUGGCAUCCUUCUGAAGAAGCUGUUGACCAAGUUUUGGAUCGCCGUCGUGGCUAUCAUGCUCUUUAUUUGUGGAAUCACUGGCGAACGUAUGACGGUCUUCAGGAUCGUUUAUAUGUCCCUUUUCCUCAUCCUAAUUAUUACGUUCCAGAUAUCGUGGACCGUUUGGAGAAAAAUGAUGUAUUCCUUCUGGCUGACGGUUAUCGGAUACUCGGUAAUCAUGUUAAUCCUCGUAUAUACUUAUCAGUUUGAUAACUUCCCGGAGUAUUGGAACUAUCUACAUAUCGACGAAGACUUGCAAAUGGACAUUGGUCUGGAGAAAUACGCGACCAAGGAUCUUUUCGUUAGAUUACUGACCCCAACGUUUUUCGUUAUCAUCACUGUUCUUCAGAUACAUUAUUUCCAUAAAGAUUUUUUGGAAGUGACAAAUAUCGAAAGACUAGGGAUCGAGAGUAAUCCUUUCAAACGUUCGAGUCUUGGUCAUUCGCCGACUUUGAUCGUGCCUACGGCCACGCCAGGGGAAGUUUUCCUUGAAGAGGAUAACGGAAACAUAUACACGUUAAAACAAUUGAAACGAAUGUCGAAGUUGGAACGAAUCGAGCUAUUCCGAAAAGCGAUGGCGCAUCUGUUAAAUUUUUACAACUACGCUUGGUUGUUCUUAGAGAUCCAUAUGCAAAAGAUUAUUUUUAUCUCUGUGAUGCUUGUCUGUGUCAAUGACGUCUGCGCCAUUAACUUCGUCUUUGUCGCGAUAACUGUAAUAAUUAUCAAUGGUAGACGAAACGUUCAAGUAUGCACUGUUAACGUGAUCGCUGCGAUAAUCGCUCUUCUAAUGGUCGUGAAGAUGUUGUACCAAAUCCAAUACAUCGAUCACAAUAAUUGGAACGUCAAUUGCACGAGACCAACGGAUGAUACAAAUCGUACGUUUGCAGGCAACAAUACAGUAUACAAUAUCGCUGAAUGGUUCGGCAUGAGAAAGGCAGAGCCAGGACAGCUUGCAAUGUUGUUGAAAGGUUACAUAGGAAUCAUAGUAGUGACCACGGUCAGAAAAAUCAUUAGAAUACGACAAUGUUUCUAUCGGCAAGAAAAGGGCGAACCUUUGGACACUCCGCAAGUUAUGUUUCCAUCGAUCACCAGAGCAGACGCUGAUAAAGGGCUGCGCGAAUGCUUGAAAUUUCUUUUCAACUACGGAUUUUACAAGUUCGGAGUUGAACUUUGCCUGAUAGGGAUCGUGGCGCUUAUUGGCACCAGACUCGAUUUUUAUUCGGUCCUCUAUGGUAUUUGGCUUUUACUCUUCUUUUCACUGAAAAGGAGAACGAUCUGCAAGAUUUGGCCGUUCUUCAAAGUCUUCGCUAUCAUCCUGCUGCCCAUUCAGUAUUCUCUGGUCGUGGCGUUGCCCUCUUGGCUUUGUAUAGACUAUCCUUGGAGCAAUUCCGAGAUUCUUAGAAGACUACAAGAAUGGAUGUACUUCCCUGACCCUGAUUUUCCACCUAAUCCCAGGAAAUUGAUGUGCGACUUCAUUUUGCUCAUGAUGAUCGUGAGGCAAAGCUUGUUCUUCCGAAUCGAGGCACGAAACGCCGGCAAAGACUUUCCGGCCGGUCACAAUUACUCGGUGUAUCAAGACAUGGAAAAGCCAAAUUUCGUAAAUCCUGUGAAGGAUUACGUAUCACAUAUUCAUUCAUGGUUGGAUAUUUUAAAACGCGGUGUACUGAUGAGCCUUAUGUGGAUCACGUUGUCCAUCAUGUUCCUGGCUGGAACAGAGAGGACCAAUCUCUUCUCUUUAGGUUAUUUAAUUGGCGCAUUCCUGUUCCUCUGGCAGGGUAGCGAUUUCUACUUGAGACCAGUCAAAACGAUAUUAAAGUGGUGGAACCUGUUGAUCGGCUACAACGUAGUCGUGAUUUUCUCGAAAGCUUUGCUGCAGGGUGUAGGUUGCGUACUGAUCAAGGAGUUGGAAUCUUCGGCUUGCCCGGUGAUCCAACUAUUCGGCAUUAACUGUCUAAGAAAGUUCCAAAGUUCGGCAAGCGACAUCGUGUCCGGCAAGGUCGAUUGCGAAGUACCUCGAGAAGACAUAGGCAUGGUGUGGGAUGGUCUAUGCUUUUGCUUCUUGUUGCUGCAGAAGCGACUAUUCAAAAGUUACUACUUCUUUCAUAUCGUGGACGAAACGAAAGCUAUGAGCGUCUUGGCAUCUCGUGGCGCUGAAUUGCUAGAGGAGCUACACCAGAAACGCAUCCAAAUUCAAGAUAGCGUUGAGAAGAACGUGUUACAAAAACUGAAAUUCAAGAUGGACAAGAUCAAAGCCAGCCAAAGGAAGAUACAAGGACCUAGUUACCGAGAACCAACGUUGCACAAAGUUGAUACCCUCUAUCCAGGGGCACGGCCGUUGUACAGAGUUCGCGCGCCAAAGACCAACAGAGAGGCUAUCAGAUCGGGCGAUUAUUACAUGUUCGACGAUCUGGACGACGACGAUGUCACCGAUUUGAUACCCGGCACCGAAUCCGAGAAGGAGGAUCAGCAACGUCGUCGCGAGCAGGAGAGACGCACCAGAAGAAUGACUAUAUCCGAGUUGAUGAACACGCUGAUUAAGACAGACAUUGAGAUCGCGACGCACGUCGCCAUGUACGGAGGGACGGAAAAGGACGCGCUGAGACUACGCCGUCGGAGCGUGCCGUUGACGCGGAAGAAAUCGUCUAUGUCCUAUCUAAGUGCACGUUCCGAGACCGACACGGCGAUGGCCACCGAUGGCGGCGAUAAGACUAGCCUCACAUCAGCAGAUAUCGAAACUGAAGAAAAAGAUGCUUCUAUAGCUGACCCCGUCAAAACACCAGAACCAUCCGACGACGAGCAACGAGAGGAUAAGGCAGACGGGAAGGACGAUAAAGAGGACGAGGAGCAGAAAGUGUCUAUCUCUACGUAUUUCAAAUUUCUAGUGGUGAUGAUCAACAGUACUCUGACGUCGAUGACGAAGUAUUUGAACAGAUUCUCGCGAGAUUACAGAUACAUUCGCAAGGUUUUAGCGAAAGAGAAGACAUUGUUGAAGGCGAAACCAGACUUCCGGAUGGGGAUGCGAUUGGGUAUCAAUCAAAUGUGGCAACCGAUACCGUUGAUGAAAAGGAGAUCGGCAACUAACGGGCAGACUGAGGAAGCCUACGAUGCUGGCCAAGGUCCUAGUCAGCCGUUACCGCAGGAACAAAGCACACUGUUCUCCGAAGUCUCACCUGUUCAACACGACGACGAAGCUACGGAAUUGUCCGAGGUCGAUCAACCACCGAUUAUACAAUUGUUGGCGUCCAUUUGGUUCGGCAUCUUGGCGCACUCGAAUCUACUCUGUUACUUCAUGGUGUUCCUUCAUCAAAUUAAAAACGCGUCCGUCUUGUCAACGCCAUUGCCCCUCAUGGUGUUCUGCUGGGGUUCGCUGACUAUACCGCGACCCUCGAAGACGUUUUGGGUGACUCUGAUCGCGUACACCGAGGCAAUUGUCAUAGUAAAGUGCAUUUUCCAAUUGGAACUGUUACCAUGGAACCGGGACGCUGCUCCAAAUAAUCCUCUCUUCACACCCCGAAUAAUGGGGGUCGAACGUAAACCUAAUUAUGCUUUGUGGGAUCUGUUGAUCCUUCUGAUGGUGUUCUUCCAUAGAUUUAUGCUCAAGUCUUUAGGACAGUGGACCACGCCGUCCCUCAAACCAAGGAAAAUUAUCCCCUCGGGUUUGACCAUUGUUCCAUCUAAACCUCCACCACCGGAUAUAGGUCAAGGAGAAUCUACUCCCAGACAGCACGAAACGGAAGAUGGUACUCAAAUAAUAACACCCAAAGGAAGAUCUCUAAAUAUGCAUGCAGUUGGUGACGGUGAGAAUGCACAUACCACCGAUGAACACGAAAGACUUGUCGCAGUUCAAGCUGAAGAAAUGAAUCCUCAGAUUGAAAAUUUCCAUAAAAACAUGGAUAUGACCGUUAACAAGUACGUACAACCGAUGAAAAACUUCUUUGUUCAAAUCCUAAGUCCCGCUGGUAAAGAAAAAACGAACGUGUACGCGUACAUGUUCCUCUGCGAUUUCUUCAACUUCUUGCUACUCAUUUUUGGAUUCUCCGCAUUUGGCACGCAGCAAGGCGAUGGAGGCGUCACGGCUUAUUUGCAGGAAAAUCGAGUUCCCAUGCCUUUCUUGUUGAUGCUAUUGCUGCAGUUCGCGUUAAUAGUCAUCGACAGAGCCUUGUUCCUAAGAAAAUCGAUUCUUGGCAAAUUAAUAUUUCAAUACUGUCUCAUAUUCGGCGUCCACGUGUGGAUGUUCUUCAUUUUGCCUAGCGUAACAGAGAGGCAAUUCAACGAGAGGCUGCCACCACAAAUGUGGUACAUGAUGAAGUGUUUCUACCUGUUAUUAGCAGCCUAUCAGCUGCGACAAGGUUACCCAACACGAAUACUUGGUAACUUCUUGUGCAAGAAUUAUAGCGUCGUCAACUACGUCCUCUUUAAAGGAUUCAUGCUGGUACCCUUCCUUUUCGAGCUGAGAGCCGUAAUGGACUGGAUCUGGACCGAUACCUCCAUGACUAUAAUGGACUGGUUCAAAAUGGAAGACAUAUUCGCUAGCACGUAUCAAAUCAAGUGCAUGCGAGGAGUGGAGGCAGAUUUCCCUCAACCAAGGGGCGUGAAGAAGAAACAAAUGAGCAAGUACUUGGUCGGCGGUGGUGCUCUUCUCCUGAUGAUCGGACUAAUAUGGUUCCCGCUGCUCUUGUUCGCAUUGGGCAGCACAGUCGGUGUCUCGAACCUACCCUAUGACGUUUCGAUGAAAAUACGAAUUGGACCAUACGAACCGAUCUACUCCAUGUCCGCGCAAAGCAGUUCUAUCAUCGAGUAUAACGAUGAUAAAUACACCAGAUUCACGAAUUUGUACGCGAAAGACAGACCUGCGGUUACGUUCCUCGAAAAUUAUAUAAGCUCUGACGUCGCUGCGGUGAGGCUGAGCGGAUCCUCUAGGAAACUAUGGAGUAUAUCUCCGCCAGAUUUGCGAAGACUGAUAAGAGAAUUAGAAGAUAAUAGUACGACUGUCAUUGUGCACGUGGAAUGGACAGUGUCUCGAAAGACGGACGCAAAAGACGCCAGUGGGAUAACAACGAAAUUACGCGAUAUACCAUUACCGCCAUAUGUAGACGGAGAAUUGAAUCCUGUGAGACGGACAUUGGCUGAGAUGUUGUCAUCCGACGAGUCGAAUUCGACCAUUACGCUGGAAUAUGCUUUCCCGAAGUUUUUGAAAGUGACUGGUCGAACUACUUACGUCGUUCCUCAAUUAAUGCGGCUGCGUACGAGAAUCGAAGAUGAGGAACCGGAAAUGAACGACAAUUAUCUUUAUAGAAGUAUCAAUCUUCAGUUGACUACAGAUGCUCCUUGUUGUGCUCGACAAAAAUGGUGGAUCGUCAGGGAAGUUUGCAACGACGAUCUCUAUAAUCAGCGUUUGAAAAACGUACCAUUGAAUAGCUGUCAAUAUAUCAUGAUGUUCUUGUUCAAUGAUAAAACGUUCCCCGAGGGAUUGAGCUUUAUCAGCGGCUUUGGAAUUUUAGGUUUAUACACUACAGCGGUGAUAGUUAUAAGUCAAAUGAUGAGGAAAAUAGUUAGUGAUAUGGCACCAAAGAUUAUGUUCGAUGACCUGCCUUAUGUGGAUAGAAUACUUCGGCUAUGUUUGGAUAUAUAUUUAGUCCGUGAAAGCGGGGAACUGUGUCUCGAAGAAGACUUAUUCGCUAAAUUAAUAUUCCUCUAUAGAUCGCCGGAGACAUUGAUCAGGUGGACGAGACCACCCGAGGAAGGUGAACGGACUGAUAAUGAAGAUCAAGAUGACGUAGAGGAAGAAGCUGAAGAAGAUGAUGCCGAGGCAGAAAGGAGAGAAUCUCGAGAAGUUUCUCGCCGUGAAUAAAUUACUGCACAUCGUAAAAAGAAGUUAGAGACUGUAAAUGAACAAUAUUAACAGCAGUACUGUGCAAUUUUCAAGAAGAUCGCAGAAAUGACGCAGAAACUUUGUUUUGCAAUGUUCCAUAUUCAUAUAAGCUGUUUUUAUCUGACGGCCAAGUUAUUUUAAGUGAAAGACUUUAUAAAAACACGUUGUGGCAAUUAUAGGGAUAAUUUGUUAUGUAAAGGGAGAAAAUUUUAUGACAAUAGUUUGCGCACUUGUCAAUAGUGACGCGAACAAUGGCUUGCAAACAUUUAGAAACUCAGGAAUUUAUCAACGCUAUAUUUGUUGCUAGAGAAAUAAUUAAAGAGAUUGUUCCUAUCUUCAAAGGUGUAUAAUAUAAAAAAGAGUUGUACAUACAUAAAUGAUUGAGAAUUUGGCAAGUAACAUGGUAAACGGAAGAUGAAAGGAAGUAAAGAAUGGCUCGGAAUCAAAGUACGAAACGACAGAAAAGGAAUUAAUACGAUAAUAAUUUAACAAUAAAGAUAGCAAAAAACGGCUUGAAAAUUUCACACAAACGCAAGAAUAUGUUCUAACAAAUUUGUUUCACGAUUGUGCUGUAAAAUUUUACUGAUUUUUAUUUUGAUAUUUAUUGAUAAGGAACUUGCUUAUAUACUAUUUAUUAAUAUAUUAGAAAUAUUGUGAUCGUAAAACGUCAGUGACGCAACUAAAUAAUUUUUUUAAAUAAGUGCUUUAUACAUUUAAGCGUCUACAAAUGUGUUAUCGUACCGUACUAGCGAUAGAGUUUUGUUGUUACUUAUAAUUUAUCAGAAUUUACGCUUAAACCGAAUAUGUAUGCAUUUCUAGCGUGACGCAUUUAAGAUCGCAUCUAUAUAGAUAAGAACAUAAAUGAUAACUGCUAGUGGAUUAACGGUAAAUCUCUGAAACUGCCGUCAGCACGAUCUUUUUUUCUCUUUUAUACGUUUUCUAAUCGUCAAUUCAUCUUAUCGCUAUCACUCAUGUAUAAUCUGGCCAUUUGCCAAGCCUUGCGCGAAUUUUAUAUGUCCAUCAUACUUAAAAAACAUUCAAUAUCAUGUGAAAAAUCAUUGUUUGUAAAUAAACAUUUUACGAUGUCAAAACAUCGUAUCAUGUCGCCUUGAUACGGCUUUUAAGAAUACCUACAAAUAUAAAUCGUUCUAAAUGGA